ACUAAUAUGCUUCAUACCAACAAGACACAGUUCCAUCCCUCCUCCUUCUUCCUGAUAGGGAUCCCGGGUCUGGAAGAUGUGCACCUCUGGAUCGGUUUCCCCUUCUUUGCAGUGUAUCUAAUUGCUAUCCUGGGAAACAUCAUUAUCUUAUUUGUGAUCCAAACUGAACACAGCCUCCACCAACCUAUGUUCUACUUCCUUGCCAUGUUGGCUUGCACUGAUUUGGGCUUAUCCACAGCCACAAUUCCGAAGAUGCUGGGCAUUUUCUGGUUCAAUCUCAGGGAGAUUGUGUUUGGGGCCUGCAUCACACAGAUGUACACCAUCCAUAUAUGCACUGGCCUGGAGUCUGUGGUGCUGACAGUCAUGGCCAUAGAUCGCUAUAUUGCCAUCUGCAAACCCCUGAGGUAUAGCAUGAUCCUCACCAACAAGGUGAUAGUCAUUCUGGGUGUGUUCAUCGUAAUCAGGACGUUGGUGUUUGUGACCCCUUUCAUAUUUCUUAUCCUGAGAUUGCCUUUCUGUGGUGUCCGGAUUGUCCCCCAUACUUACUGUGAACAUAUGGGUUUGGCAAAGUUAUCUUGUGCCAAUAUCAGGGUCAAUGUCAUUUAUGGAUUAAUUGCUUUCUCAGUGGGAUACAUUGACCUUUCUGUGAUUGGAUUUUCCUAUGUUCGGAUUCUCCAAGCAGUUUUCCGCCUCCCUUCCUGGAAUUCUCGGCUCAAGGCACUCAGCACCUGUGGCUCCCACGUCUGUGUCAUGUUGGCCUUCUACCUGCCUGCCCUCUUCUCCUUCAUGACACACCGCUUUGGUCACAGCAUUCCUCAUUAUAUCCACAUAAUUUUGGCCAACCUGUAUGUGGUAAUUCCCCCUGCCCUGAACCCUGUCAUCUACGGGGUCAGGACAAAACAGAUAAGAGAGCGAGUACUAAGGAUGCUUAACCCUAAAAGCCAUUGA